CUGAGAUCAUCUCCAAGCUUCUAGACCUCACACCAUGGUUCACUUCACAGCUGAGGAGAAGGCAGCUAUCACAAGCAUAUGGAAUAAAGUGGACUUGGAAAAAAUUGGAGGAGAAACCCUGGGAAGGCUCCUGAUUGUUUACCCAUGGACUCAGAGAUUCUUUGACAAAUUUGGAAACCUAUCUUCUCCCCUGGCCAUCAUGGGAAACCCCCGAAUCAGAGCCCAUGGCAAGAAAGUGCUGACGUCCCUAGGCUUGGCGGUUAAGAACAUGGACAACCUCAAGGAGACCUUUGCUCCUCUCAGUGAGCUGCACUGUGACAAGCUUCAUGUGGAUCCUGAGAACUUCAAGCUCCUGGGCAACAUGCUGGUGAUUGUACUUUCUACUCAUUUUACCAAGGAAUUCACCCCAGAUGUGCAGGCUGCCUGGCAGAAGCUGGUGACUGGUGUGGCCAAUGCUCUGUCCCACAAGUACCAUUAAACUCCUAUUCCAGUAGACCAGCAACCCCGUUGUCUCUUGUACCCUCUUUGAGCCCAUGGGGACUAGAUUGGGCAUUGA